AUGGGUGGUGGUGACUUGAACAUGAAGAAGUCGUGGCAUCCGCUUCUGAUGAAGAAUCAGGAGCGGGUGUGGCUCGAAGAAAAGAAGGCGCUCGAGGAGAAGAAGAAACUUGACCAACUCCGAAAGGAGAAGGAGGAAGAGCGUCAGCUACAAGAACUUCAGCGCAUGCAGGAGGAACAGACGGGUCGCAAGCGGCAGGAGAAGCUGGACUGGAUGUACACUACUCCCGCGACAGGGAGCACUCAGAACCCGAACGACCUGGAGGACUAUCUUCUCGGAAAGAAGCGGGUAGAUAAGAUCCUGACGGCGGACGAAAACGAGAAGAUUGGGGCUGCCCACAAGAACUUCAUUGCCAUCCAGCACGCCAAUACGUUGCGUGACACCGCUGCGAAGAUCCGCGAAGAUCCUCUUCUCGCCAUCAAACAGCAGGAGCAGGCGGCGUACCAGGCUCUCAUGGCCAACCCUCUUCGUCUUCGUGAGAUGCAAGAGCGGAAUGGCAUCCAGUCGAAGAAGGAGAAGAAACACAAGAAGGAUAAAAAGAGAAGAAGGAAAGCACCGCAAGGACAAGCACAAAGCAGACUCUCGCUCGCGCUCCCCGGAGUCCGAUCGGGAGCGACGUCGCUCCGACCCCAGAGACUACUACUCUCGCCGGCGUUCCCCAGUCCCCAUAGUCGGCGCUCGCGUUCACCUCCGCCCCGCGCUCGCUUUAACGAGGACCGUCAUGAUGGCUACCACUCCACUCGCCGUGGACGUAGCCGUGACCGUUCCCCCGACCGGUAUCAUGACAGCAGGCGGCGUUCCCCGGUGACACGAGUUAAGACAUGGCCGAGGUCGGACGACUCGGACGACAACAUGCGGGAAUUGCGCCGCGACAGGAGCCCUGCCUAUCAAGACUUCAGGAAGCGACGGCGCAGCCCGAGUCCUAGGAAAGAUGAUCCCCAUUCUCCGCCAAAACGCCUCAAUGACGGAAGAGCGACGGGAACACUGACUCAGCUACUGGAGCGGGAGAGGGCUGAACACGAGGCGGAAGAACGGGAGAGGGUGAAGUCGAAGGGGAUGGGUGGGUUCUUGAGCCACGAGCAGAAGAAGGUAUUCGGAGGCUCAGGCGGCCUUGAGGAACGCAUCCGGCGAGGUCGUGGGCAGAUGAGGGUGGACGGUGACUAG